CGCGAGCAGGCCGCGUCUGCGGACGGCGGAGACAUGGUGUCUCCUCCGGUCAAGCGCCGAAAUCGGGGCGCCGAGGGGUCUGAAGAGGGCGGUGUCGUGUCUGUGUCUGCGGGGAAGAAACGAGAAGCAGAUUUCGACAUGUUCAAGGCGAAACUGUCACAGAAGCUGAAUCGUGAGAUCGACGGAGACACUUUGCUGAAGGACGAGGUGGACGGCGGCGUUGGCUGUCCAGACCGCGCCACAUGGCGACAAAAGUACUACCGCCAGAAGUUCCACCUGCCCGCCGAAAGCGAUCGAAAGGAUGUGGAGCAGCUCGCGAGCGACGUCGCUCUCGCGUACAUCGUCGGCCUCCAGUGGGUGCUGCUCUACUACUACCAAGGAUGCAACAGCUUCGACUGGUUCUUCCCCUUCCACUACGCGCCGCUGGCCGUCGACCUCGCGGACGAGCUGCAGAGACGCCUCAAACUGGACGAUCAGAAGGAAGAACGCGAGCGACGAGGAAGCGCCUUGGGCAGCGUCCAAGGACUCCCCCGGUGCGGCCACUCCCGAGGCGUCUCUCUGGGACAAGACGGAAACUUCGAGCGCAACCGACGCGUCGCAAGAAAAAAACGAGAGGAGAGAGACCCU